AUGGAUCCGGGGAGUCCCGUCUCUCUUCGGUCCGGUAGGCGACAGUUCCCCUGGACCAGCAAACCCAGACUGAAUCAUCGUCCGUCCUUCAAUGUUCUUGGGAGCAGAUCGGUCCCCGUAUCCGACGAUCAGGCAUUUGAAUUGGCGGUGGAGGCUGUGAGGAAGGCGGUCGAAACUCAGCAGCACGCGGAAAAGGAGCCUACUCUCGACACAGACAUCAAUAAUGGUAUGACCAUCAAUCUCAGCGGCAAGAAGAUUGGGGCCCUCACCGACAGCAUCAUCAAGGUUGUCCCGCGGGAUAUCCAAAGACUGGCGCUCACUGAGAAUAUGUUGUCGAAUAUCCCUCUGAGGCUCUCGACCUUCUCGUCAUUACGAUACCUAAAUGCCCGGGAUAACUGCAUCAAGUCAUUUCCUCCAGUGAUAUUUUUGUUGCCACGCCUAGAGAUUCUCGACUUGAGUGUCAACAAGAUUCAGGUGCUUCCUGAGGAUAUCUCAAAGCUCACUUCGCUCAGAGUCCUAGCCAUAAGGGAGAAUUUCCUGCAGGAAUUCCCUGCCUCCAUCGCCGAUAUGACGCUACUCCAAGUCUUGAAGGUGGAAGGGAAUCCGCUGAACCAGAAGCUGAGACGGAUCUUGACUUCGCGUCAAUCGUCGACCAAGAUGGCAUCUGAGCCGGCGAAUUUGGCUGAGAUUGCCGUAACCACUCGGAUAAAGCAGUAUUUGAAAGAUAGCAACCCAAGUACCACUAUAAUCCAUCCGCUGGGGGAGUUGAGAUAUCCGCCGAGUCCAAUAACAGACCAGCCGAAGCAUCCGUCUAGGUCCAGCCGACCGGGUCGCUUCCCAGUAAAGGUUCGCGAGAGCCACUCCCAACCCUCAAACCCGCCCCCAUCGCCGAUCGCCCUCCACUCGAAAGCCUUCUCUCAGCAGAGCAUUGCCCCUCGAAGUCCGUGUCUCAUCCCGCCCACCAUUACUGAGGGUGGAGAGUCACCACAAAGAGCCGCAAGGGGUUUGAGUAUCCAAACAGGCAGUAUUUACCCGAGUCCUCGAAUCAAACGCCCGCUCUGGAAUCAGCUGCAGUCUCCAAUGACGGUCGAGCGCCCUCGUAGAGUUAGUUUUGGCGCUGAGCCUCAUCGACCCGCCUACCAGGAGAGGACAUCAGAUAUUGCCAAUUCCGGGAAAAGAAGCAUCUUAGGGGCAUUGGCCAUGCAGCCGUCUCCCCCAUUGGCGGGCGAGCCGUUGCUCGGCAUGGCUCGGACCCUAUAUUUGUCUAUUAACCAACUUCAUCUACCGCUCCAAGCUCUCGCUAGUCUCGCUUCGGACGUACCAAAUAGGCGAUCAGCUCUAGAGUUGACUAUCGAGAAGGCAACUUUCGAUCUUAAUAUUCUUGGGCAACUGAUCCAAAAGCAUUCGGUACUGAGUCAGCAAGGACUGGAAGAAGCGGACAGGAAUAUCAUUGGACAUACAUGCGCUGAUCUUAUUAAUAAUUAUAUGGCCGUCUGCUCUCAAGUCGUGACCAAUCUGGACAGGUUGGUCGACAGAGGUGACCCACGGUUCGUUCGGAAUCUCAUCAGUCUCAUGUAUAGCAGCGUUAUGAGUUUCCGUGGAGAGUUCAUGCCAUAUUUUCAGAGCGAGGCCUCUGACUAUAAGAGAACGGUCCGGCCAAAUCGUUCGUUAAAGGCACAAAUGGGGCUUGGUAUUCGUCAAAGCCCGCGGCACGUCACAUCUCGACCACCAAAACCACUGACCGUCACGCCUCCAGAGUCGGAGACAGAGCCAGACGCUGUCUCUGAUCGCCGCCGUGAAUGGGAGUAUGUCGACCUUGUCCAGACAGUUUUGCAGCGGUCAUUCCGGCUUGUUCUCGACACUCUACCAAGCCUCAAUCAGCAAAUAAGGGGGAGUCUCUCUGAGAUACUCACGCAGGAGCCAAGGCCACACAUGAUCGACACCUACCAGCUUCUCUACACGUCAUGCUCUCGGAUGAUCGAGCAGGCCAGCAGCCUGGAAAAGCACCUCCCUGCCUUGAGCGGUGAUUGCCUCAACGGCAGGUUCGGACCCAUCUGCUACGAAUACGUCGAGGCCUGGACGCAGCUCGGCGCGCUCAUCAAGUCGUCCCACCCCGUGGUGGCGUUCCCGCCCGAGACGAUGAGGGCCUUCCAGCAGAUCCAGCGAAGCGUCAAGGAGGUGACUAGCCUCACGAUGAACCCCAAGCCUACGCCGGUGGAGUCGCCGACGAGCCCGCGUUCUGAUGUGUCCAUGUUUUCUGCGUCAACACCCAUAACGCCAAUGCAGGCUUCAAUUGGACCGGCCAUUGAAAUUCUCUCGAUCCACUCACCGUGA